AACCCCGCUUUUGACUACAAAUACUCUCAGAACCCUCUUCUACAGCAUCUUUGAGAUUCAUUGAGAUAUCUUUCGACGCAUCUCAAUUUACUAAGUAAUCAUGUCCGGACGAGGCAAAGGAGGCAAAGUUAAGGGCAAGGCCAAGAGCCGAUCCAACCGUGCUGGACUCCAGUUCCCUGUUGGGCGUAUCCAUCGUCUUCUCCGCAAGGGAAACUACGCCGAACGAGUGGGAGCCGGUGCCCCCGUGUACUUGGCCGCUGUCAUGGAGUACUUGGCGGCUGAGGUCCUCGAGUUGGCUGGCAACGCUGCCCGUGACAACAAGAAGACCCGUAUCAUUCCCCGUCACUUGCAACUGGCCAUACGUAACGACGAGGAAUUGAACAAGCUCCUGUCCGGUGUGACCAUCGCUCAAGGCGGUGUACUGCCCAACAUUCAAGCCGUCCUCCUCCCCAAGAAGACCGAGAAGAAGGCUUAAAUCUUCCCAUUGCAACAUCCUACCUCCAAAGGCCCUUUUCAGGGCCAAAAACACUUUUCAAAGAAUUGUAAUAGCAAUUGGGUAUCUCAAUUUCCAUUGAGCAUCAUGGUGAAACGUGUUAGGAUCUCCAAAGUUGAUGCAUGGUCAUUAGAGGCCUGGAUAAAAAGGGUGAUAUUGGCAAUUCUUAACGGUUAACAAUCAUAAUCCUUUCAAUAUAUUGAUAACAUCAAUUUUCAAUAUAAUGCAGCCAGGGGAAGAAACCUUAAGGUAAUGAUGAAUAUGUCAGAAUACCGUGAUACGAGUAUUAUGAACAAUAUUAAUGCUAUGAAAUUUAGGAACACGUUUACCUUGAAUGAAACACCAUCUUAGCUAGUGCUCUAUCGCGAAUCUUGCGCUUUUUCUCUUUCCUUAACCUUACAAUGAUAUAUCUCAUGCUAAUCCUGUUAAUUUAA